AGGGGCGUGAAACUGGAGGAGUGCAGCACCAUGGCAACAGCAAACGUUGAUUGAUGGUGUCGGGGAGGGCUAUUGGGGCAAUGGGGGGAUAUGAAAGGACUUGAAGGGGGCCUGGGGGCACCAAGGGGCUUGAGGGGGUCCUCUGGGUGUGAGGCACAAAAGGGUUUGUGGGAGGUGUGCGGUCUGAGGGGGGGGGCAGGAGGCUUGUGGGCACAGGGGGCUGUUUAUCCCCCCUUGAGGGCAGUAGAGCCACUGUGGAGGCUGAGGCUGUGACGUUACAGCACUGCUGGGGGUGGGGGGGAGCCACAUCCUGCACUUUUGACAUCACACUAGAACUGGGGGCCACAUCCUGCACUCUGACAUUGCAGUGACACUGGGGUUUGGGGGCCACAGCCUGCAUUUCGAUAUCAGUGGUGCUGGGGGCUGAGGGGCCAAUCCUGCACUGGGCACCUGCUCCAGUCCCCAGCAGGACAGGGGACUAGGAUGACCUGCUUGGCACAGAGGAGGCAGAGCCACCCACAGCUCCCCUGGCCUCAGGCUACCAUGGAACAAUGUAGCACAGAGAGCAGCACUGCAGGCACACAGCCCCCCAGCCAGGGGCAGCGCUGGAGCAGGGGACACUCCAGCAGUCCACGGGCCCAGCAGGCUGGGGACAAGGGCACAGUAGGACGUCCUGGGGCUGUGCCGGGCACCCGGGGCACUGGUGCAAAGCCUGGCAGGUCAGACAAUGCCAUGUCAGGGGCCCCAGGCUCAGCCAGGCAGAGGCAGGUGGGGCAGCGCCCUCUCCCUCGCUCUGCCCCACCCCGUGCUGGGGAAUCUGCCCCACCCCGUGCUGGGGAAACGGGGCCACUGAGCUCAGACGGGGCUGUGCUCACACGGCUGGCAUCAGCCACCACCGGCAGCCACCAGGAUGGCCACCAGUGCUGGCUUGACCUUGAGCUCCUCAAGAAGGCCAAGCUGCAUGUGGAGACAGCCAUUAAGGAGAAGAAGAUCUUCAUGGUGCAGGGCCCCUACCCCACCAUCCGCAAGCUCCUGCGGGCCCGGGGCUGGGUGGAGAGGAAGCCCCCCAGCGUGGGCAGACAGCUGGAGCAGCAUCGUGGCAACCAACAGAAACAGCAGCUGGAGAGAGAGGCAAGGGAGGAUGGCGAAGAGCAGGGGGAGGCAGUGCUGAACCCACGUGGUGGGGCACAGCCUGCCCUGGAGAUCACAGAGCUGCUGCACUCCCCAUGGCCACCCACUGAGGAGGAGGAGGACAAGGAAGAGCAGUGCGAAGAGGACCCCAGUGGCAUCCAUGACCUCAUGUCCUACCUGGUGCGGGACCGAGUGCCAAACUUCGUCUGGGCCAACUACCUCAGUGCUGUUGACCCUCGGCUGCUGGAGCAGGACCAUGUGGUGAACCACUAUGCCCGAGUGGGUGCCUUCACCACCAAGGAGGGGCUGUGCCUCAGCCUGCAAAACCUGCCCUGGAUCGAGCAAGCAGACCCCAACACCUUCUUCCCACGGUGCUAUCGGCUGGGGACCACAGAUGAGCGGGAAGCCUUCAUCGACGAUUUCCGCCUGACAGCAGCUCGCAGUCUGCUCAAACUGGCCCUGGAAGAGGCUGGGGACAGGCUGAUGGGGACUGAGCAGCCCCCGAGCUCUGACAAGGGGCCAGGGCCAGGAUCUCCCCUGUACCCCCAGCUGGUGGAGGAGGCCCUGGAAGUCUGUGAGCAGCACCUGGGUGUUCUGGGGCACCAGGACAUUGACAGGGGCACCCCGUUCCCCUGCAGGACAUGCAUUGACUGGGACCGCUUUCUGCAGCAUUACUACUGUGUGGCACAUGAGGGGGCCAGGCUGGUGCUGAGUGGGGCACAGCGGGAGCGGUGCCAGGACCUGCUGCGGCGCCUGGCGAAGCAGCUGCCGCAGUUCAGCAUGGAGGGCAAGCUCAACGUCUGGAUCCUCAAGCCUGGUGCUGAAUCCCAAGGCAGGGGCAUCGUCUGUGCGACGCGGCUGGAGGAGGUGCUGCGGCUGGCGCGGGGCUGCACAGCCCCCUCGGUGCAGGAGGGCAAGUGGGUGGUGCAGAAGUACCUGGAGCGGCUGCUGACCAUCUUCGGCACCAAAUUCGACAUCCGUCAGUGGUUUGUGGUGACUGACUGGAAGCCGCUGACCGUCUGGUUCUAUGGAGACUGCUACCUGCGCUUCUGCUCCCGGCCCUUCUCCCUGCACUGCCUGGAGCGUGCCAGGCACCUCUGCAAUGUCUCCGUCCAGAAGUGGUACAAGACAUCACCAGACCAGGACCCCCGCGUGCCCUCUGACAGGGUCUGGUCCAGCAAGCAGUUCCAGGCAUACCUGGCAUGGCUGGGGCAGGCAGAUGCUUGGCAUCAGGUGAUAGUGCCUGGCAUGAAGGCGGCAAUACUGAGCGCCCUACGUAGUGCCCAGGACCAGGUGGGCUUCCGCAAGAGCAGCUUUGAGCUCUACGGGGCCGACUUUCUCGUGGGGGAGGACUGCCAGCCCUGGCUGCUGGAGAUCAACUCCUGCCCCACCAUGAGCCCCUCCUCAGCUGUGACCCGACGACUCUGCGCCAAUGUCCAGCGGGACACGCUGCGCCUCGUGCUCGACCGCAAGGACAACCCCACCUGCUCCAUUGGAGCCUUUGAGCUCAUCUACAAGGAGGCAGCUAUGCCCAGGCCUCUGUCCGGGCGCGUGAAGCUGAUAGUCAAAGGCUGUUCCCUGAAGAAGGGCUGGUCUGCACAGCAUCAAGCCCAGGUCAAGCCCCCUGCCACUGUGCCCAGUGCCACCCAGCACCCUGUGCCCCCAAGGGCCAGAGACACCCGGAUGCCACAGCAAGCACAUCAUCAACCCCCCACCACUGUGCUCAGUGCCCCCAAGCUCCCUAUGCCUCCAGGAGCCAGAGACACCCAGGUGCCCAAGCCCAGAGCAGCAACAGGGAAGCUGCCUCCUCCAUGGCAAUGGUGCCGCCCCAGCUCUGGCCCCUCAGCACUGCCACAGCCCUGGAGCCGCUCUGCUGGGAGCCAGGGGCUGUCAUGGCUCUGUCACCCACACAGGCAGCCCCAGGCUGCUCAGCCCCUGAUCGAUGUCUGUCCCCUGGAUAGGGUGCCCAUGCCGCUGCCCUGGGGAGCCCCCAGCAACCCCUGGCUAGCCCUGGGCUGUGUCCCCUCCUUUCCUCCUGCCAGGCCACUGCACCUACCUCUGCCUGCACAGAUCAUUGACAACCCUAGCCCAGAGCAGAAGCAUAUGGCAGUUCCCAAUGGGACACAGAAGUGUGUCCUGGGAUACUGAGACAUUCCCAGGAGGAGACAGCACCCUGCCCAUCCGUGCUGGGCCGGCAUGGCAGCACUUGGCUCCCUCCCACUGCAGUGCACCCCUACUGCUGUGUCAUGGUCCCCACUUCAUCCCUCAUAUGCACUUCAAAAUACUUCUGUGAUAAGGAGCCUGGUUUGGACCUUCUGUGUGUGCAAGUUGUGGGCUGCCCCUGGGAUGGGGCUGCAGGCAGGAACUGGGGUUGCUGGGGCACAGAGCAGGCAGGAAAAGCUGCCUCUGCUCCUGCCU